AUGGCAGUCCUGCGAUCGUAUGGAUUGAGCAUUGAGAACCUGGGCUCAUACACCACUACUUCCCUUCAAAAUAAGUAUGGAGUAGAGCGAGUUGAACUCCCCUUCAACGAGGAAAUCGAGAGGCGUAUGGGAAUUAAGGGCUGGCAAUACGGUGUCCUUCGCUCAUCUCUCAUGAAGAAAAUGCUCGACCUUCUCCCGCUGGGUGUUGUACACACCCGUCACGAACUUAUCGCCUACACCGACCUCCCAGGCGAGGACGGUAUUGAGCUCGAAUUCAAGGAUGGGCACAAAAUUACAGCAGACAUUCUCAUUGGAGCUGACGGCAUUCACUCAGCUGUUUCACGACAAGCCUUUGGCGACCUGAACCUUUUUCACGCCGGAAUCCGCGUCUGGCUUGCUUGGUGCGAUCAAAUUCCAGAUAUUCCCGAGAACUACGCUGUUAUAUCCCACGACUGGCAAUAUCAAGCUAGCUACUUUCCUUUACUGCACGAAGGCAAGCCCUGCUUCGAGUGGUGGGUUGUGGAGCCAUCUUGGGAGGGCAAACCGGUACCAGAAGAUCCGAAGGCAUACUUAUCGGGUGUUCUUGAGGAUUGGUCAGGGCCGAUGCCUCGCUUCUUAGAGAUUACGGACUUCGAUACACGAGUCUAUCAAUGGGAAAUUUAUAACCGUGCAUCGGUGAAGAAAUGGUCCACUAGACGCGUUGUAUGUGUUGGUGAUGCCGUACACCCGGUAUCACCUUACGCUGGCUAUGGCUUAGGUAUGGCUAUCAAGGAUGGCUACUUUCUUGCUAAGUUCCUUGAUGGUGUCGACCUACGCAACCUUGCCGCAGUCACUGUCGGCUUUGAGUUGUACGAGAAACAGCGGGUUGAAUAUGUCAAUCACAACAUGGAAGUCGCACGCUUCAGUGGCAAAUUAUUUCACUCGCUGCCUUGGCCAAUCGCUAAAGUUCGUGACUGGCUCUUUGAUUAUACUCCUUUGCUUGGAUAUAUGAUGAAACAGGACUAUCUUAAAAGAGCGGAGAAACAGUCAAUGAGCAUGAAGGAACUUCAUCUCAUCAGAACUUAG